AUGGGGAGUACUGAUUAUAGGGUUUUGAAUGAUGGGGAUGAAAAGAACUUGAAGGUUUAUUUUCAAAGGAAGAAUAAUUCAGAUGAGCAAGCAGAAUUGUUUUGUUUUAUUUGUUUAGAAAAACAUUUUGAAAAUUCAAAUUUAAUUUCAUGUUGUUCAUUAUGUACUGCUUGUGUUCAUAAAAAAUGUUGGUAUACAUGGAGAAGAAAUCAAAAGUUAAGUGCCUUAAGAUCUAAAAUUUUGGGUUUAAAUAAAUUAAAUCCUUUAUUAUGUACUAUAUGUAAAACAGGUAUAGCAAAAAUUGAAGAAGAAAAUGAUAUGAAGGGGAUUAUUAAUAAUAAUAGUAAUAAAGAAUACUUACAAGAUGAAUUAUUAAGAAUAAUAUCUUCUUUAUUAAAUAAUGAAAUGAAUGUUAAUCAUGUGCCUAUGUUACAUAUCAAAUAUAUUUUCUCAUUUAAUUUUAUUUUUUUAAUUUUGUCUAUUUUUCUAAUUAUACUUUUUUCUGUUGUAUUUAAUUUUACCUUAACAUAUGUUCUUCUUAUUGCAUUAUUUAUAUUAUAUGAAAUUAUUGUACUUCAAAUAGUUUUAUACUUGUAUAUUCGUAUAAAAUAUAAUUAG